UCGGUAUCGGUUUGGCUCGAGGGCGGUGCUAGUCACAUGACUAGUCGAACCGAAAUGCGCGUCACCACAAAGACCACGUCGACCUACCGAACAGUGAAUCAGAACUCACUACACCGCACUUUCGAAACGACCUCCAUCCUCUCCCACUCUCUCCAAAAUGGUGUCUUCCACGAGCACGGGCGAGCCCGUGCCCAUCGAGACAUCCCAUGAAGACAUGAUCCACGAUGCGCAACUGGACUACUACGGCAAACGGCUCGCGACGUGCUCGUCCGACCGGACGGUGCGGGUGUUCGACGUUGUGGACGGAGAGACGACCAAGACGAGCGGGCAGGUGCUCAAAGGGCACACAGGCCCGGUGUGGCAGGUCACCUGGGCGCACCCAAAGUUCGGGCACAUCCUCGCAUCGUGUUCGUACGACGGCAAGGUGAUCAUCUGGAAGGAGCAGCCCGCCCAGGGCCCCGCGCCCGCCGGCUGGGCGAAGAUCAAGGAGCACACGCUGCACAAGGCGUCCGUCAACUCCGUGUCGUGGGCGCCGCACGAGCUCGGCGCGAUCCUCGCCUGCGCGUCCUCGGACGGCACCAUCUCCGUGCUCACGUUCAAGAACGACGGCCAGUGGGGCGCCGACGUCUUCGACGGGCACGCUAUCGGCUGCAACGCCGUCUCCUGGGCGCCCGCCGUGCAGCCCGGCUCGCUGAUCGCGCCACAACCGACCGCGACUAUUCCGGGGCAGGUGCCCACGGCGCCGACCGGCGUGAAGCGCUUCGCGAGUGCGGGUUGCGACAACCUGGUGAAGAUCUGGGGCUACCGCGACGACACGCAGGAGUGGUUCGAGGCGGAGGUGCUCGAGGGCCACACAGACUGGGUGCGCGACGUCGCAUGGGCGCCGAAUAUCGGGCUGCCGAGGAGCUACAUCGCUACUGCCUCUCAGGACAAGACUGUGUUGAUAUGGACAAAAGACACCCCGACGUCGCCCUGGGUGAAGACCGCGCUCGACCCUUCCUCCGCGUCAGUUUCGCCGACAUCGGGGGUGCCUGCGCCGGCGGGCAGGUUCCCCGACGUGGUGUGGCGUGUGUCUUGGAGCCUGGCGGGGAACAUCUUGGCGGUGAGCUGCGGCGACGGGAAGGUGACGCUGUGGAAGGAGAACUUGAAGGGCGUGUGGGAGUGCGUGAGCGACAUGACGAGCUAGGUGUAUCAUAUGCUGUCUGGACUGUCUCCGUAGGGCUUUCUAUACAUUUCUCUCUGCUUGGUCCUUGGGGAUGGAUGACUGAUUCGCUGGGAGAAGUGCGACUACGCCACGAUCAUUGACUCAAUCCUUCUGUCAGGAUCCGAAGGUCCACCUCAGGUUCAAAUAAUGCACAUGGUUCUUUCUUCACUCUGUCCUGGGGCAGUGGGGCUGGUACGGACGUAUGGGACCGGUUGCUGUUCGAUCGUGAGUUCGCUGAAAGGGUUUCUUAUAAGCCACGAUCAAAGACAGCGCCAGUGUCGCCGUCUGAUGGGCUGGUGUCCAUGCAAGCUUUGGUUCAUGUCAGCUG